GACGCAGCCCCUGCAGACUUCCAGCAGCACUGAAGCCAAAGCGUGGCAGCAGGACCUGAAAGGUUGCUUAAAUGGAGAGCACCCUGUCGUGGGUGCUGUGGUUGCCGCUUCUGCUGCUGCGAGGUCUAAGCAGCCAGGAACUUUCCUGCAACGUGUUCUCUGGGGAUGUGGACUGGACCAAAGAGUUCUCCAACACGUGCCUGAAUUUCAGUGGACAAAGCCUGAGCCUACCCCGGAACCAGUCUCUGAGGGCCAGCAAUGUGCUCGUCCUUGACCUGUCUGGGAAUGGUCUGCGAGAGCUCCCACCCUUCUUAGCCCACCUGGAGAAGCUGCAGUUCCUGAAUGUGACGCACAACAGGCUGGCGCAUGUGGAUGGGGCGCUGGCAGCACGCUGUGGCCUUGACCUGAAGGCUGACUGCAGCUGUGUCCUGGCACCCUGGCAUGAGGUCCGGGAAAACAACUGCUCCACACAGCCGCCCCUGCGGUGUCUGGACACAAGCACUGGUGCCUGGCACAACCUCUCUGUUUUCCUGGAGGUCAACUGUGCACCCGGCCUGGCCCCAGCAACCAUCGGGGCAGUGGUGGCUGGAGGAUUCCUGUUCCUUGGGCUCACCAUUACUGGCCUGCUGCUGGCUUGGAGACUCUUGAGUCGCCAAGCAGCCAGUAGCCAGGGCCUGGGCAAAGCCUGGGCUGCUCAGGACAGUCUCAGGCCCAACUCAGGCUGGCAGCCACGAUACAGCAGCCGGGGCUUCAGCUCCAACCCCCCAGUGGCCACCCUGCCCAGCCCCUCCAAGUCCGACUACGAGAACAUGUUUGUGGGCCAGGCAACUGCCAAGCACCAGUGGACGGGACAUGGGGCUCACCCUUCAGAGGAUGACGACUUCUACAUGAACUAUACAGACAUUGAUCUGGCCUCUCAGCCUGUCUACGGCAACCUGCAGUCACUAGACCAGGCCCCACAUGAAGAGGAGUAUGUGAUCCCUGGGCACUGAACCUGCAGUGUCGCGACCUCCACCCAGCCCCCUCUCAGUACAUUCCGGGUGACUCAGGAUGUUCCAUCUCUUCCCCGGCCUCAGUCUCCCCAUCUGAGGAAUGGGGACAGGGAAGGACUGUCCUUAAGUCCCUAGGAGGCUCUGAAGCCCCCUCCCCAGCCACCAUCUGCUCCUCAAACCCCUCAGCUGCUAGAGGGGGAAGAGGAGAGACCUCAACAAGGAAACAUGAGGGUCAGUGUGUGAACCCCAUUGUCAUCCUGCCGGUAUGCAGACAGCACUCAAUAAAUGCUUUGGGGCUGGUGAGGCUGCUGGCUCAGGACGAGUGGGUUCCUUGCAGUGGGGAUUUCCUGAGCUCCCAAGACCACAUCUCUAUGUGAGACUCAGGAGCUUCUCCCCACUCCCCACCCCUCCCCUUUCUUUCUCUCUGGCCCCUUUCCCAGGUGCUGGUCUCCAGGCUUGGUUUUCCCCUCCCCCACCAGGCAGCUCACGCUGGCGCCAGAGGGGUCUUUAUAACUCAUGAAUCAUACUGUGCUCCUCCCCUGCUCACACACCCUCCAUGGCUGCCCACUGCCUCCAGAUUCUCAGCCUGGUGCUUGAGGUCUAUGUGAUCCAGCCCUGCCCACCCACCACACUGCCCUUUCCCAUCCUUCUGCCCUUCCAGUCUGGACCCCAUCCUCACCAAGCCCACCUCCCUCCUGAAGCCUUCAUUUUCCUGCCUUUGCCCUUGCCAUUCCAUUCACCCAGAAUGCCAUCCUCUCCCACUGUUUGUCACUCUAAAACUUUUUAUUACAGAUGAAGAACUCUGGCUUGGGAGUCAGGAGGCAUGGGUCCAAGUCCUGACUCUGCCACUAACUCUCUGGGCCUCAGUUACCCCAUCUGUAUAACGGUAAUUAAAAUUGAUCUCUAAAGUU